AUGGCCAAGCGACGGCUGAACCCGGACGAGAUUCGAGCAGCCGUGGAGGCGGGACCGCCCCCCCACUCAGUCAACUACGAGACCGACAAAAAAUGGCAUGCCGAGCAGAAUCGCUGGCUCGCCAAAUGGACCGAACGCCGGCUCCCCCCCGACAGCGGCGACAGCGGGAGCAGCCGGCGGGACCAGUGGCGCGAUCGAAAGCAGCAGCAUGCACGGCUGCUGCGGGCGGCGGAGAAGGAGCCAUCUGCCUCCCUGAAGCGCCAGCGCAAGGCCGCAGCGACACCUGCCGUGACACAUAGCGACCGUGUGCACGCUGGCCCGCCACGGCUCAAGAGGCCAAAGCCGCCGCCGGAAGGUGGCGACCAGCAGGCGUACGAGCUCGCCAUGGGCAUGUAUGGUAUUGCUCGCGACACCAGGCGCAAGAUGUCGAGGCGGACCAAGAGCGAAGACGCCGAGCGCAAGAGGGAUGCGCGAGCGAUCACGGCGAUGAUGGCAAGGCCGCAGGCAGUCAAGGCCGCCAAGGAGCGAAUGGAGAGGGAGCGCGAGCGGUCGCAGCGGCGGCGUGACGUGGCCAAGCUCACGGUGACAAGCUAUUAUGAGGAGCGCAUGCGGAUUCGGCGGCUCGAUGAGCAGGUGGCGCUGCUCAAGGCCGUCGAUGAGGCGCUGCGAGAUUCUGACUAUUGGCGGACCACUGGCUUCUUUAGCAGC